GACGCUGGAAGACCUUUUCCAGCGAAGUGUUUUGCUUAGGAAAUAGACUGAAUUCACAUGGCGGAGCCAAUUUCCGAAGAAGACACAGACGAUGGCGGAGGAGUAGGAGGAGGAGGAGGAGGAGGAGGAGAUACGACGGCGACUUGCGACGAGCGGAGACAGCCGGCCAUGGAAGGGUCGUGGCCCAUGAGCAGGAAGGAGAAGAGGAAGGCGGCGAAGAAGAUGAAGAGGAAGCAACUGAGGAAGGAGGCCGCGGCCAAGGAGCGGGAGGAGGAGGAGGCGAGGAUGAACGAUCCGGAGGAGCGGAGGAGGGUCGAGCUGAUGGAGAAGGAAGAGGAGGAGCGGAGAGAGAGGGAGAGGAAGGAGUUCGAGGAGAGGGAGAGGGCCUGGAUCGAGGCGAUGGAGAGGAAGAGGAAGGAGGAGGAGGAGGAGGAGGAGGAGGAGGAGGAGGAAGAGGAGCGAGCGAGGGCGCUGGAGGAGUCGCGGGGACAGCAGGUUGAGGACGAGGAGCAUAACCGGGACGAUGGUGAUGAUUGGGAAUAUGUGGAAGAAGAAGGGCCUGCAGAGAUCAUCUGGCAAGGAAAUGAAAUAAUUGUAAAGAAGAAAACCAUCAGGGUUCCGAAGAAGGGCUCUGACCUGCAAAGAUUGAAAGAGGAUGCUGAUAGACCGACCUCGAAUCCUCUCCCUCCACAAUCUGAAGCAUAUUUAGACUACAAGAAUGCAUCCACUAUGUCAGCUCAAGAGGUGUUGGAAAAUGUUGCUCUCCAAGUGCCUAAUUUUGGGACUGAGCAGGAUAAAGCUCAUUGUCCUUUCCAUCUGAAGACUGGAGCUUGCCGGUUUGGUCAGCGAUGCAGUAGAGUCCACUUCUAUCCUGAUAAAUCAUGCACACUGCUAAUUAAGAACAUGUAUAAUGGUCCUGGCCUUGCAUGGGAGCAAGAUGAGGGGCUUGAGUACACAGACGAAGAGGUUGAACGCUCAUUUGAGGAGUUUUAUGAGGAUGUUCAUACAGAGUUCUUGAAGUUUGGAGAAAUUGUGAAUUUUAAGGUUUGUAAAAAUGGUUCAUUCCAUUUGAGGGGAAAUGUUUAUGUACAUUACAAAUCCAUGGAUUCAGCUGUGCUGGCUUACAAUUCUAUUAGCGGCCGAUUCUUUGCUGGCAAACAGGUAAAAUGUGAAUUUAUCAAUGUUACAAGGUGGAAAGUCGCCAUCUGUGGGGAGUACAUGAAGUCAAGGUUCAAGACAUGUUCCCAUGGAACUGCUUGCAAUUUCAUUCACUGUUUCCGCAAUCCGGGUGGCGACUAUGAGUGGGCUGACUGGGAUAAAUCGCCUCCUAAGUACUGGGUCAGUAAGAUGGCUGCUUUAUUUGGUCAUUCUCUGGAAAACUAUCAAGAGGAGGAGAAACUACCAGUAAAUGUGGAUCGACGGAGAAACUCUAGCAAGAACAUCAGCUUUGAUUCAAAGAGGGGCAGCACAAGGAGAUCUAGAUCAAGGGAGAAGGAUUACUUGAGAUCUGGAAGAUCCGAAGAGCGCCAUAAUGAGAAAAAAGGCAUUCGAAAUGCAACACAUCAGGAGCGUGAUGAGGAGCAGAUGAAGUUUAAUGACAAGAAAGAAAAGAUGAACCUCAAGAACCGUCAUCGCAGCCAUAGAAGAACCCCUCGAGAUGAGGAUGGUCAUCGAGUCGGAGUUGACACAGAUGAGGAAAGGUGGCAUGUCGAUGCGAGGAAACUCUCAAGACAUCGGAACGAUUCAGUUUCUCCGGAUGAAAACGGGAACAUCAAGAGGACAAGGUAUUGUGUUGAAUCUGACGGAAGUAAAUCAGACAUGGAUGAGGAUGAAGCAGCACAUCGUGCCCGUUCUAGAAGACAUACUAAAAGGCACAAGACAAUAAAGCUUGAGGACAGAUCAGAAAAAAGCCAUGGCACUGAUUUCCCUCCACACCAUUCUCGCAGGGACGGACAUGAUGGUUACAGCAAGCAUAGAAGCUCGAGAAGCAAAAAGAGAUCUAGAUCCAGCGAUAAUGAUUCAAUGUCCUACGAUAUUCCAGAACGUUGGGAUCCAGAAAAUUAGACUCGAGGAUUCAGACCGAGAUUCUGAGAGGUUUCAGAGGGGUGUAGGUAGGCAAAGUAGAUGUGCUGGAGUGGCUGAAGCUUGUGAUGCCGAUUUAGAUUACCAUGAUAUCCGUUAAAUUGAUUAAGGAUUUUUUCUAUAAUUAUCUUCUGAGAAGAGGCACACUCCCUAGAAAGCAAAACUGUCGAGGACAAUUUUGCCAUGUGAAUAAUCUCGGGAAAUUUUGUGGGGAGACUUGUUGAUGAAGGAGAUCAGGGGACAGAAGUCAAUCAAGCCAUGGGAAACGCUCACAUAGUCCCAACCGAAGUACGGAUUCUUGGGAACAGCGUCCGACCUGCCUGACCUUUUGCCGAAAAACCCCAUGAAAGUACAACAGUUGAAGAGUUGGAGCGAGCCUUGCAUAGUCUUUUAACUUUUGGUGCAAGUGUUCCAGUCUUCUUGGUCGCCCUACUCGACUACAUAAAGAAGCUGAGUUGAAGAUUCACUUCAUAGCAUCCA